AUUCACUUCGUCAGAUCUAUGUUUAGCGUUAAAAGUCGCUGCCUCGUCCAGUUGCGGGAUUGUGGCGCAAGAAAGCUAGCUAAUGAGUCUGGUCUUCUCUAAGAUAUUAAGUUAUUCUCUACACAUACCCGGCGCUAAAAGUGCUUGAGGAGGUAUGGAGUGGAAUAUAUAUGGAAUGAUUCGGGCAGUGAUCCGGGUGGCACACCCGUUGGCGAUGCUCGUUUCACGAGUUUAUUUUCUGGUUGUACAUCUGGCAUUCCAAUUUAUUCAUCUAUUUACUUCACGCAUCUAUGUGACGAGGCCUGUAGAUAGCAUACUGAUGAUCAGUGCUACUCAAGCAGUGCAGAAGAUUAUCAAUAGGGAGAUCACAUCUCGGGAGCUUGUUGAAGCGUACAUUCAUAGGAUAGAGCAGGUCAACUCUAUAAUUAAUGCCGUCGUUGUGAAGAACUUUGAAGAAGCUAGAGACAAAGCGCGAGUAGUUGAUGCUCGAAUUGCCGAUGCAGCCGAUAGUGAGCUAGAUGAGAUGGUCAAAGCUCAACCGCUUCUUGGAAUACCUUUUACCAUGAAAGACGCAAUGCUUGUGAACGGGCAGAUCAUUACUUGUGGAAUAUACUACAGAAAAGAUGAUAAGUGUAAUCAGACUGCGGAAGUAGUCAAGAGAAUGCAAGUUGCUGGAGGUAUCCUAUUAGCCAUUUCGAAUGUUCCUGAAGUCUGUAUGUGGGUAGAGACUUCAAAUAAGAUCUACGGACGAACAAGCAAUCCUUAUGAUGCCAGAAGAAUGGCCGGUGGUAGCAGCGGAGGCGAAGGAGCUUUGAUCGGUGCUGCUGCCAGUGUGAUAGGAAUCGGUAGCGAUAUUGGAGGCUCUAUCCGAAUGCCUGCAUUUUUCAACGGAAUCUUCGGCAUGAAGUCGACUCCAGGUGUCAUACCAUUGGAUGGUCAUAUCCCAGCGGCCACCCACUAUAAAACCCAAAUGCUUCGGAUUGGUCCAAUGUGCAGAUUUGCAGAGGACAUACCACUGCUUAUUAAGAUCAUGGGUGGCGAACUCGCACUUCCACUGAACCUUGACGAGCCCGUCUCCAUGCGAAAACUACGUAUCUUCUACAUGGAGGGUAUCAGCGGUGUGCCACUCAUCCCACCGUUGCAUUCGGAUAUGAGGAGAACAUUGCGAAAGGCUGUUGGCUACUUUGAGCGCAAAUACGAUCUUGUUGCGCACCGCCUAGACUUACCUUUAGUAAAAUACGCUAUGGAAAUGUUCCUGGUCAGUAUGUAUGUUAGAGGAGGACCAAAGCUGUCUGAGUACAUGCUUUGCGUCGAGGCUUCAAAAGGCAGCGUUAACACAUUCAUAGAAACGAUCAAACUCGUUUUGGGGAAAUCAAACCAUACUCUUCCCGGGAUUAUUGCUGCUAUCAUUGACAACGUGGAUGCAUUGAGCGAAGAACAAAAGAGAGAGAUAAUCUACAAACGCGAUCGUCUGAUUCGUGAACUCAAAGAGUUGCUUGGAAAUGAUGGCAUUUUCUUUUUCCCAAGUUGGCCAUGUACCGCUCUGUUCCACAAUGAACCAAUACUGUCACCUGUGAACUUCGCAUACACAGCGCUAUUCAAUGCUAUCGCAUUUCCGGCUAUCGAGUGUCCGAUGGGAUUGGAUAAGAACGGAAUGCCUUUAGGUGUGCAGAUAAUCGCUCCUCCAAAUUCCGACCGUCUUCUCAUUGCUGCGGCCAAGGAUCUCGAGGAAGGUUUCGGAGGCUGGGUACCGGCUGGACCGCUUUGAAUUAGUACCAGCUUCUGUUCUCAAAGUUCUACUCUACUUAUACUUUAUGUUAGUUAUAGACCAUCGUGGUAAUGCUGCUGUAAUUUUCAAAUUGUGAUUACCAGGAGAUUAAUAAAGAAAAUGGUCUCAUAUAGGAAGAUUUAGUAAAUGACUGUGAUUAGCCGUCAUCCUGCUGCCAUAGAACUUAGAUUUUACUUGAUUAGAAGUGGAUCUAUCUUCAGUCGU